GAGGGAAGGGUGGUUAAAAACAGAGCAAUUAACCCCAGGCUGGUUGCAUCGCCCCGCCCCAGGCUACCCUAGGCAGCUCCCCUUGCGCUGAGUCAGCUAGAGAGGUCCCGAGGAAUCCCGAGAGAAGUUGGGGGAGGGCGUCCUGAGGUCGAUGAGUUUUGGAGAAGUACAUCCGCGGACAAAGAAUGGGGGAGCUGGACCAGCAAAGCGGACCGUUAGGGAACCGGGGAAGAAGGCUCUGGGGAGAGUGAGCCUGGGCUCCCGCGGCUGAUAUAUUUGCGUGAUGAAUUUCCUUCCUUCCACCUCUCCUCUCACCCAUAAGAAAGCAGCUCCCCUGGAAAUUUUCUCACAUGUCUUCUGAGAAAGCAACAAUUACAGUUCGUCUCAUUCGUUCCUUUGAGCAUCGCAAUUUCAAGCCUCUUGUUUACCAUGAAGUUAAUUUGGACCAGACUGUAAAAGAAUUUAUUGUGUUCCUAAAAAAAGAUGUUCCUUUAAGGACAGGCCUCCCACCCCCAUUCAAGCAUUAUAAAUAUGAUAAAAUGAAGAUUAUUCAUCAAGCACACAAAUCAAAGACUAAUGAGCUUGUGUUGAGUUUAGAAGAUGAUGAUAGACUCUUGUUAAGAGAAGACUGUACUAUGAAAGCAGCUGGAGUUGGUAAGAGUGCAUCCAAUGAAACUGAAAUUGCAUUCUUCUGUGAAGAAGAUUAUAAGAACUACAAAGCUAAUCCUGUUUCAUCCUGGUGAAGAUGUCUGGGAAUUUGUUUUUUGCCUACCUAUUAUAAGCUCUUUAUUUUGCUUAGUGAGGGGUUGUGGAUGGAUUUUUUUUUUUUUUUUUUUUUUUUUUACUGAUAAAUAAAUCUUAAAAGAUUAA